GCGCCGAGAAGAGCUGAGCCCGGAGCCCAGCACAGAGGCUGCAGCGUCGUAGGAGGAGAGGAGGAGAGGAGAAAGGGAGGGAGGCAGGCGCAUGGGGCGCCCCGGCCCGGCCGGCAGCGCGCCCCACCCUGCCCGGCCGUGCUAAUCCUCCCCCUGUAGCCUCCUCCUCGAACUUGGAUCUCUCUACCCCAGGGCCAUGCCUGUCAUGAAGGGGUUGCUGGCCCCCCAAAACACCUUCUUGGACACGAUCGCCACACGCUUCGACGGCACUCAAAUAAAAUCCCGGACUUCACUGGGACCUGGCUCAGUGCAAAGGGAGUCUGGGACCAAGGUCAUGUGCACCCUACACAACAGAUCGAAGAACCACGGACCGAGAAUCUCUGCCUUACUGACUAAAGAGGGGGUGGUUGCCCUCUGUAGUGGAGUGGAAUGCCCGUCUCUAUCCCACCUACCUAGAGUUCUCAGUUCAGGACCGUGGACAGCCGCCCUAGAGCCCCUCCUACGUUUCCCCUUUUUCUUACAAAGGAGCUGAGAGGGCCCCUUCGGGAGGUUGGGCCAGCAGAGAGAGGGAGGGGAAGGAAAGUGGUACCCGAGGGUGGAUGCGAAGCUGCUCGGGCCCUACCCCGCCCUCCAUUCCCCUCCUCCUCCCGCCUCCCAAGUUUCCAUAGCACCUAUCACCGUGGCAACCAGUCCUGAGAUGGAGGGAGGAGGCAGAGCAUGGGGCCCUGCUUCUUUCCCCUCACCCCCAGUGCCCCUUUCAAGUAUCACCCUCUCCUUUUUGUCCCCUCAUUAGGACUCUGAGAAGGUGAGAAGGGGGCUGGAGUGGGAAUUUAUAGCCUCUUACCUCCAUUUGGCCUCUGACCCUGAGUCUGAGCUCAAGCUGUGUUGGCCUCUCUCCUCCCAUCUACUGAGAAUAGUGAAUAGUCUGCCAUUCCCCCACUCCCCCCAGCCCUCAGCCCCCAUCCUAUUGUUAUGGGGAUUGGAUAAAGGGGGUGGGGAGAGGCUCUAGAGGGGGCUUUUCAAACUUUGAGCACCAGGGAAAGAUUACUACUACUACCACCACCCUAACCCUCCAAAUCUCUGUGCUAUAGUGGAAGAAGUCCUGGAGUUAAAAGAUCUAGUUUCAUGUCUGACUCUUCCACUAAACAAAUGUAUGACCUUGGGCAAGUCAUACCUCUUUCUGGGUUUCAAUUUUCCUCAUCAGUAAAAUGAAGUGGGCAGGACUACAGACUCUGCAGGGCUUUAACAUUCUAGAAUUCUAAAAGACAGUGGAGGGGCAGUGGAUAACGCACCAGCCCUGGAUUCAGGAGGACCUGAGUUCAGAUCCGCCUUCAGACACUUGACACAUACUAACUGUGACCCUGGGCAAGUCAUGUAACCCUCAUUGCCCCACCAAACAAACAAACAAACAAAAAAACAAACCAAAAAACAAUGGGAAUGGAUUCUAGUUCUUUCCCCAUAGUUUGUAUUAACUUUGUGACCUUAGACAAGUCACUUAACUUCUCUGAGUCUCAUCUAUAAAAAGGGGAGAAUCAUCUUUUACCUGCCUGGAGAAAAGCAAUUGGAUCAAAUUUCCUCCCUUCUAAGUCAUUGCUCCAGUUUUCCAACCCAGGAAUAAAACUUGGGUCUGUUUCCCUCAGGCCAGUCUUUAGCUUCUUAGUCUAGUGUAGAGUUCAGAACUUGGACAUCCAGUUUCCCCAGGUCUAGGCCUUUCCUGAGAUAGAACUGGGGAGAUUGUGCAGUAGUAGAAAGAGCCUUGGAUUUAGGGACAUUGGACCGAGGUUUGACUCUCUGUUCUACUUGCUUCCUGUGUGUCCUUAGGCAAGUUACUGAACCUCCCUGGGUGUUGUUUUCUUUGUCUAUGAAAUAGUUGUGGGGAGUGGCUAGAUUAAAUAACUGCUAAGGUCCUUCCCAGCUCUAAAUCUUGGCAUCUGUGAUCCUGUGUCUGUAACCCCAGAUCCAUCUUAUUCAUCUUGAACCUAAGAUAGUCUUCCUUAAAAGCUUCCUCUCCCCAUUGAAGCACUCCCCUUACCCACAUCUUGAGCCUUUCUCUUCCCCACAGACAGUAACUUCCUGCUGGCUAAUGCUCAGGGUCCAAGAGGCUAUCCCAUCGUGUACUGUUCUGACGGCUUCUGCGACCUCACAGGCUUCUGCCGAACUGAGGUGAUGCAGAAAACCUGCAGCUGCCGCUUCCUCUAUGGCCCUGAGACCAGCGAGCCUGCCCUGCAGAGACUACACAAAGCUCUGGAGGGCCGGCAGGAGCACCGAGCCGAGCUCUGCUUCUACCGAAAGGAUGGCUCAGCCUUCUGGUGUCUACUGGAUAUGAUGCCAAUCAAGAAUGAGAUGGGGGACGUGGUGCUAUUCCUUUUUUCCUUCAAAGACAUCACCCAGAGCCAAGGACGGGGACUGGGUCCCCCUGGAGGAAAUAACCAUGCAGAGAAGACUAAAAGCAGGAAAGGAGGCAGUUCAAGACUUCGAACAGCCAGGAGGCAGGGUCACACUGUUCUCCACAGGCUUUCCACCCAAUUUGGCCGACGUGGUCAGGGCAAUGUAAAAGCCAACAAUAACGUGUUUGAACCGAAGCCGUCAGUGCCUGAAUACAAGGUAGCCUCUGUGGGGGGGUCCCGCUGCCUCCUCCUUCACUACAGUGUCCCCAAGGCCCUCUGGGAUGGCCUCAUCCUCCUUGCCACCUUCUACGUGGCCAUCACUGUCCCCUACAACGUCUGCUUCUCAGGCGCCGAUGACAGCCCCAUCACCACCCGGCACACCCUCGUCAGUGACAUCGUUGUGGAGAUGCUCUUCAUCCUCGAUAUUAUCCUGAACUUCCGCACCACCUACGUGUCCCAAUCAGGCCAAGUUGUCUCUGCCCCCCGUUCCAUUGGCCUUCAUUAUCUGGCCACUUGGUUCUUCAUCGACCUCAUCGCUGCUCUGCCCUUUGACCUGCUAUAUGCCUUCAACAUUACCGUUACGUCGCUGGUGCACCUGCUGAAGACAGUACGCCUACUGCGGCUGCUGCGGCUGCUGCAGAAGCUGGAUCGGUAUUCACAAUACAGUGCCAUGGUGCUUACCCUGCUCAUGUCUGUCUUUGCCCUGCUGGCGCACUGGAUGGCCUGCAUCUGGUAUGUCAUUGGUCGAAAGGAGAUGGAGGCCAAUGAUCCACUGGUCUGGGACAUUGGCUGGCUGCAUGAGUUGGGCAAAAGGCUGGAAUCUCCCUAUGUGAACGGCUCAGCCAUGGGUGGCCCAUCCCGUCGUAGUGCCUACAUUGCUGCCCUCUACUUUACACUCAGCAGCCUCACUAGUGUUGGCUUUGGCAACGUCUGUGCCAACACAGAUGCAGAGAAGAUUUUCUCCAUUUGCACCAUGCUUAUUGGGGCACUAAUGCAUGCUGUGGUAUUUGGAAAUGUGACGGCCAUCAUCCAGCGCAUGUACUCACGACGCUCUCUCUACCACACGCGCAUGAAAGACUUGAAGGAUUUCAUCCGAGUGCACCGCCUGCCCCGACCCCUCAAGCAGCGCAUGCUAGAAUACUUCCAAACAACAUGGGCUGUCAACAGUGGCAUUGAUGCCAAUGAGUUGCUAAAAGACUUCCCAGAUGAGCUGCGGGCAGACAUUGCGAUGCACCUGAACCGGGAGAUUCUGCAGCUGCCACUGUUUGGGGCAGCGAGCCGGGGCUGCCUGAGAGCCCUCUCACUGCACAUCAAGACCUCAUUCUGUGCUCCUGGGGAGUUCCUACUCCGACGAGGCGAUGCACUGCAGGCAUACUACUAUGUCUGCUCCGGAUCACUUGAAGUCCUACAGGACAACAUGGUGCUGGCCAUUCUAGGGAAGGGGGACCUGAUUGGGGCAGAUGUCUCAGAGCCAGGACUGGACCCUGGGUUGGGAUCAGGAUCAGGCUCUUCGGGUUGUGUCCUGAAGACGGAUGCUGAUGUAAAGGCACUGACCUACUGUGGCUUGCAACAGCUGAGCGGGCAAGGGCUAGCUGAUGUUCUGCGGCUCUAUCCUGAAUAUGGGGCUGCCUUCCGAGCUGGCUUGGCCCGAGACCUCACCUUCAACCUGCACCGGGGUUCUGACCCCCAUGGACUCAGUCGCUUUUGCCGCUCCCCACGCCUUUCUCAGCCCCAGUCAGACAGCUUCGGUUCCUCCUCAGACAAGACCCUUCCAUCGUCCAUCGUGGAGGCCGAAAGAGGCCCAGAGCCUGCGGGAGGCCCUCGACCCCGCCGGCCACUCCUGCUGCCUAGCCUCAGCCCUGCUCGGCCCAGAGGCUCCCUUGCCAGCCUUCUGGGUGAUGAGUUGCCUCCAUUCUCUGCUCUCGCUUCUUCCCCUUCCCUAUCUCCCUCCCCUUCCCCUGCCCCGGCUGGCCGGGGCCAAAGCCCCUCCCUUCAUGCCCCCCUGAAGGGUCCCGCUGCCUGGAAGGCCCCCCAGCUGCUCAUCCCCCCACUGGGCACCUAUGGACCCCCGGACCUCAGCCCCCGGGUAGUGGAUGGCAUCGAGGACUCUAGCAGCACGGGAGAAUCUCAGAGUUUCCAGUUCGGCCGGGGAUCUAAGCUGCCUCGUCCUCGACGACAGUCACCUCUCUCAGGGUCUGGGCCCAGCAAGGAGCUGGUUGCAGAAACAGAGGAGAUGAAGGUGAAAGUCUGCAGAUUGAACCGAGAGAUCACCCACCUCAACCAGGAAGUGGCUCAGCUCAGCAGGGAACUUCGUCACAUGAUGCAUUUGCUGCAAGCCUGGCUGGCAUCCCGGGCCCCCUUCACAGACUUUCCUGUUCCCCCUGGACCUCCUACUCCUCCGUGUCCACCACCAAGACCUCUUUGUGUUUCUCCAUUAUUGACUGAGCCAUGCCUUGGGACUCAGGAUACCACAUGUGCUGAGGUCCACUGUCCCCAAAGUUCUCCCCCAGCUGGUCUGAGGGAAUCAGAAAUGGGGACCUCUCCCCAAGGCUCCAGGCCUGCCACACCAACCCUGUGCCCCCUGCAGCUUUGCCCUUCUAACCCUGCCCUGCGGGGACCAUCACCCGGGCUGGAUGUCCCAUCUCCAUCUGCUGGCUCUGCCUUCCCCAAUGGCUCAGCUCCACUCCAGAGCACCAACCAGUAUCACUUUCACUCCAGUUCAGACACUUUCCACUGACCAUGGUUUUGGGGCCCAGGCCUAUCCAGUGGGGGCUUGAGCCACCCCUCCCAUUCCGGGGAGGAUUUGGGUACCUUGCCUGACCACUACAGGGUCAAAAGCCACUGGCUGGACUGGUCAUCAUAGGGUCCUCUGGACUUCAGAGGUGUGACAAAUGGUGGUGAACCCUGACCCCACUCCCUCUUUCAUCCUUUCCCUCCUGCCCCUAUACUCCCGGUGGAGCCAUCUGAGCCAACUGUGCCCAGUGGGCAUGAGACAAGGAGUUGUGCCUGCGUCAGACUGGGCAGAAGAAGUGCCCUUCUCCCAGGUGACCUGAAAGCAGGUUCCAGCUCAAGGUGACCAGUCUGGCUGUGGACGACCCUUCAGAUAUUCCCAGGAACCACCCUUUCCAAGCUCUCCCCCAGUUCCCGGACUGUGACUGUGACUCAGUCCAUCUACCUCCCUUCCCUGUUCUGUCUCACACUCAGGGUCCCCUCUCCACAAAAAUCAUUCCUGCUCCCUGAGCACUGGGCCACAUCCUGCCACCCCCUCAUUCUCCUCUAGAGAACCUUCCUUUUCCUCUCUCUGGAUCUCAUAGGGGAAAUAAAAUUCUCUUUAUUUUUGUA